UUUAAAUUUUAUACGGCUCACUAACACCAAAACAAAUCAGACAAUAAAAAUUUCUUUCUGGCUUUUAUGUCCAACUACCCAAAUUAGAGCAACUCCCACGAAAAGCUGUUUCUUUUAGCUUAUGGCUGCUGCUUCUCUCCAAACUUCCCCAUCAGGCAUUUCUUGUUUGCGUUUGGGGAAUCAAUCUAUCGGACUCGAUUUGGGUUCUUACAGUUCCGGAUCCGUAUCCUUCCCUUCUCGCCCUUGCCAACGAUGCUUCAAACCACUGGAUGCCACUAGACAAGUACGGUCAUCUAGUAUAAGUGCAGUUGUGAAGCCAGAAAGUGGCACUGAAGAGAUGGAACUCGAUAUUUCUUUGAGCCCCAGAGUGAAUUCUGUAAAACCUUCUAAGACUGUGGCCAUAAUGGACCAUGCCACUGCUCUUUUAGAAGCUGGAGUUCCUGUUAUUCGAUUGGCUGCUGGAGAACCUGAUUUUGAUACGCCAGCUCCAAUAGCAGAGGCUGGGAUAAAUGCAAUCCGUGAAGGUUACACAAGGUAUACUCCAAAUGCUGGUACAUUUGAAGUUCGAACGGCAAUUUGUCAUAAACUAAAGGAGGAGAAUGGCAUUUCAUACGCACCUAAUGAGAUUUUGGUUAGCAAUGGAGCCAAGCAGAGUAUUCUUCAAGCAGUUCUUGCAGUUUGUUCUCCAGGAGAUGAGGUUAUAAUUCCAGCACCCUACUGGGUCAGUUACCCAGAAAUUGCAAGGCUGGCUGAUGCAACACCUGUGAUUCUUCCAACAUCUAUCUCUGAAAAUUUUCUCUUGGAUCCAAAGCUACUUGAAUCCAAACUCAGUGAAAAAUCAAGACUAUUAAUUCUUUGCUCCCCAUCUAACCCAACUGGAUCUGUCUAUAACAAAGGAUUACUUGAAGAGAUUGCUAGGAUUGUGGAAAAACAUCCCAGGCUUCUGGUGCUAUCUGAUGAAAUAUAUGAACAUAUAAUAUAUGCGCCGGCAACACACACAAGUUUUGCAUCUUUGCCAGGCAUGUGGGAAAGGACUUUGACUGUGAAUGGCUUUUCUAAGGCUUUUGCAAUGACUGGUUGGAGACUUGGAUAUCUUGCUGGCCCUAAGCACUUCGUUGCAGCGUGUAAUAAGAUCCAGAGCCAGUUCACUUCAGGUGCCAGCAGUAUAGCUCAAAAAGCGGCAGUUGCUGCAUUAGGACUAGGCUAUGCUGGUGGGGAAGCAGUAUCUACCAUGGUUAAAGCAUUCCAGGAACGGAGAGAUUUCUUGAUCAAAAGCUUUGGAGAAAUGGAAGGUGUUAGGAUAUCAAAACCUCAGGGAGCAUUUUAUCUCUUCAUUGAUUUCAGCUCUUGCUACGGAUUAGAAGUUGAAGAUUUUGGUGCAAUUGAGGAUUCUGAUUCUUUCUGCCGAUACCUGCUAGAUAAGGCACAGGUUGCACUAGUCCCAGGGGGUGCCUUCGGAGAUGACACCUGCAUACGCAUCUCUUAUGCAGCAUCUCUCACAACCCUACAGGCAGCUGUAGAGAGAAUUAAGAAAGCACUUGUUCCACUGAAGCCUGCUGUCCCUGUUUGAAGUAGGUAGACGUGAACAUAAAUUGUGAUCAUUUGUUGUACUCUUUUAUCAUCAAUAAUGAUAUGAUAGAAUCCCAUUGUCGUUUGGACUAUGCACGAGUUGGUAUUAAUUAGGGAUGUGGAAAAUUUUUAAUGUAUUUUUUUUUUUGUGUAACAUUUGCAGCAUUGAAUCUAAUCGUCUUGUAUGCAACUAAACUACAUUUAAAGAGAUUUCUGAUGCAUCA